AGGACUUUCUGGGAAGGCCCCAUUGAACCAAUAUGCAUACAGAUGGGGCCGCUCAUGGGGUGUGUGUGGACGUGUCGUCACCUUGGUUAACUAUGUCUGGGGGCCUCGUUGUUGACCUGGGAACUCAGCUAGUUCCCUGCCCUGGUUAAUUGAAGGGUUGGCUAAACAUUUGUCUGCAGAUCUGAUCCAUUCCCAUUUUCUUGAAAGUGAGUACUGAGGGCCCAAGGAGUGAGAUCUGUGAAUCUCCUGCCGGUGCCAUUGAUCCCAGUGAUGGGCUCUGGAGUCAAACCAAUUAGUUUUUCAGGAAGUGGGAACGGGUUUGGACGUUGUUCCUGAAACCUUCCAGCAGGAAAUCCUUGGCUUGGAAACCAAAAAGAUAAAGGACUGUAGGUCUGGUCAUCAGGGAGAGUGGAUAAUGCCUGCUUUUUGCCUUCUUGGGCACUGCCUCGGUGACCUUUCUCAAGCCAGUUCCUUUUUUUUGUUGUUCUGUAUUAUUACUUUUUUUUUACUUUUUAAAAAUGUAUAGUUAAAGCCAUCCUACAUACAGAUAUAACUAUGGCUCCUUACACAUUUUAUUCUACCUAAAGUUAGGUAUUCUUUUAUGUGAUGGGAAAUCGACUUCCCAUCUACACCCCAAAAAACUGCAGUCCAGAGCUACAGGAAGAGCGCUGACAACCAUGGCCAGCCCAUGGUGCCCAUGCAGAGAGGGCCCCGAAACUGCAAGCAAUGUUGUUAAACUUUUGAAACAAGCAACUUCUUUAUUGUGCAGGAUAAGAAUUCUGAAGAAAAGCAUCGUUUUCCUUUUAGCCCUUUUACUGUUUUGCCUCCCUCCAGGUUACUAUGUACCAAGUGGCUAUGAAUAGUAAAAACCAACUGAUUUAAAGUCCCUGAAAUGCAUGCAACUUAGAAUUUCCUAACGCACAUAAUCAGCUCUUUCACUGAGUCUUUUUAUUGAGACUGUGGUGCUGCUGGGUCACCAGCUGUGUCUGUUGUGCUGCCAGGGUUUGGAGUGGCUGCUGCUGUGGCAUCUUGCUAUUGGGUUUCAGUUUUGGGAUCUUCCCUAUUUCUGGCACUUUUCUUACUCUUGUCUGCUGCCAUGGCACCCAUGGUUUCCUUCAGUGGCUGAGCACUUUCAAGGGAGCUGGGCUGGAGUUCAUAAACUGGACUUGACCUGGGAAUCUAUUGCUUUCUGUUCAAGAUUUUCCAGGAUGGUCUGAACCUUCCUGACUUCAUCUCUCCUGGCCUGACGGACAUCAGCUCUUCCUUCAGGAUCUACCAAAUCCAGAGCCAGUAGCUCUUUGGUCAAAUACUCUUCCAUCAUCAGCCUGGACAAUGCAGACUCCACUGACCAGUCCUGUGCCUGUGCUUCGGCUCCCCCGGGGCCCUGACGGCUUGAGCCGAGGCUUUGCCCCUGAUGGACGUAGGGCCCCUCUGAAGCCAGAGGUUCCUGAAACCCAGGAGUCUCUUGCAGUUCACGAAUGCCGGGAAUCCCAGGAACAGCAGGCCCGAGCCAUCCUCCGGGAGCGCUACCUCCGCAGCCUGCUGGCCAUGGUGGGCCGCCAGGUCAACUUCACCUUGCAUGAGGGUGUGCAUGUGACAGCUCACUUUGGAGCCACCGACGUGGACGUGGCCAACUUCUACGUGUUGCAGCUGCAGACUCCGAUAGGUGUGCAGGCUGAGGCACUGCUCAGGUGUAGUGAUAUUAUUGCAUAUACCUUCAGGCUAUAAAGACAUUGUGGCUACCUUCUGCCUUAGGCCUGGCAACAGAUUCCCAGGCCUCCAACUGUUCUGGAUCUCUGGACCUCACAGAGUUCAGAACUCCCUUGGACUUUUGAGCCAAGCUCCAAGCAACUAUGACUUCUUCAGAACUUAAUGGUCUAGUCAGUAAAAUUCUGCAACCCUAUGAGUUCUAGAUCCCAUUGAAAGGAAUGCUCUACUUCACAGAACUCCAAACUCUACAGAAAUGUGGGUCUUGGUCCAGUUCCUGAAGGCUGAGGGUGAGGGAGGGUGGGGAGAGGGCAGUGGGAAUAAAGGCAGGCAAAUUGCAGAGUGGAAAAUUGUUUAUUAUAGAAGUUGCAAAGUUCAGCCACUCUGAAGAAAUUCCCCAAUACUACCCUUCUGCCAAAGAACCAAUUAUUAUUCCAGGAAAAUCCGA